CGGAGCAAUCCCGGAAGUGAGUGUGAAUGAACUUCUCGCUUCGUUAACGUCUUCGUUUCUGCAUGAACCUCCAGCAUCACUGUCGCGAACAUCGGAGGUUCCUGGUUUCGCAGCCAAAUGGACUCUGUAACGCCGAGCCGAGGUUAGAGGCAGGUCAAGAGCGACAGGUGAAGGAACUCUCAUCCGCCAUGGGGAACAAAUCAUCCAAAAGUGUGAGCGUCGAGGAGCCCCCUAAAACAACUUUGUUUGAGAGGGAAUCAGGCGGGAUCACAUACAGGAUUCCAGCUCUGCUCUACCUGAGGCACUGUCACACAUUCCUCGCCUUUGCAGAGAAAAGAACCACCUUUCAUGACCACGACGCCAAACGUCUGGUUAUGAGAAGAGGAUUGCUCCAAGAGGAUGGAUCUGUUCAGUGGUCAUCCAGUCAGGAGAUUUCGACUGCAUUUCUACCAAACCACCGCACAAUGAAUCCCUGCCCUGUGUAUGAGAAAAACAGCAAGACGCUCUUCCUGUUUUUCAUCUGCAUAUGGGGAAACACCACAGAAAUAAAGCAGAUUGUCACAGGUAAGAACAAGGCCCGUCUUUGCUGUGUGAGCAGCAGCGACGACGGGCAAACCUGGAGCCAGGCGAUGGACCUUACAGAGAGUGUGAUCGGGGAAGCCAUACACAAAUGGGCCACGUUUGCGGUCGGGCCUGGCCACGGCGUUCAGUUGGAGAACGGCAGGUUGAUCAUUCCUGCGUACGCCUACUACAUCCCGUACAGAUGCUGUUCCUAUCCACUUCCUUGUACGGUGUAUCCACGUGCGCUGUCAAUAUACAGUGAGGACUUUGGACAGACGUGGCGUAUCGGGAAGAUGCUUCAAAAGAAGUCAUGUGAAUGUGAAAUGGCGGAGAUCAUCGACCACGAGGGAAGGAGCCACCUUUACUGCAACGCCCGGCACACAGGGGGCCACAGAUGUGAAGCCCUGAGCGAAAACAGCGGCGUCUACUUCGAUAAGCCCCACAUGGCCAGGGAGCUUGUCGAGCAACCCUCCGGUUGCCAGGGCAGCGUCAUCGGCUUCCCCGCACCCGAAUUUGUUCCCAACGACGACGCCGAGAGCAAGGCCUGCGGCACGUCGCUCCUCUCACCAGACACUCAAACCUGGCUCCUGUACAUGCACCCGACCAACAAGUCCAAUCGGCGGGACAUGGGCGUGUACUUGAACCGAUCCCCCUUGCACUCGUCCGGGUGGGACCGGCCCAGGAUCAUCCACAGGGGGCCGAGCGGUUACUCGGACCUGGCCUACAAUGUGGACAAGGACCAGUUCUCCUGUCUGAUGGAGUGCGGGAAGGAAAGCGAACUGGAGCAAAUUGCCUUCAUGACCUUUUCCCUCAAUGAUGUCAUGCAGACAGGUGAUAAGAAAGAGAAGAAGAUGGUCUGAAUUUGGGCCGUUAUUGACAGAGAUCUCCUUAUAUUAUCCCACCACUAGAAGAAAUCCAAUCAAAACACCCCAUGACAUGACGUGCUGUGCUGUAACAUUCAUCUGUGUUUACUACUGUUUUACAUUCUGGAGAUAGUGAAUGCAUGAGUCAUGUGUUUUCUGGUCUCCUUGAGUGAAGUACAUCUUAUUAUAAUUAUGCAAGAGCAUAGGGUUAUUUUUAAUAGGUUAUGUGGUUCAUUUACGCAUGCUGUGUUUGAAGUGUCAUUUUUAAAGCUGGUAUUGUGUGUGGCAUGUUUGAUGAGCACUUCAAAGCCGUUGCAGCAUCUUAUUGAAGUGUCACUUUUUCUUCUCAGCAAAGUUAGCCUACCUCUUUAUUUUCUAAUGAAGAUCAUAGGGGGCCUUGCAAACUAGUCUGCAGAUUUCCCUCCAUACAGUCCUCUCCUUUACAUUUAGAAUACUCUAAUUCACAUAUGCCUUCUGCUGUAUUGUUUUAUAUGGAAGCUGUGCAGCAGCAUUGUCCUGUGAAGGUCACAGGGAGGGUCAUAAAGCUGUCAAUAAAAUAGGAGAGGGGAGGUAAACAUGAGAGAGACCAAACGUGCUGAACCACAUAUGUGAGUUGUUUUUUUUUUAAUUAUUUUAUUUAUUUUAUUUUUUAUUGAAGCAGCUCAUUCAGCUGAACUCUUAGUAUCAGUCUUAUUGUAGAUUAUCACUUGGAGAUUGAAGUACGCCUCCGUACGAUUGUUUAUAAUGAAGCUGUAAAGAGCAUAUAUAAUCUUUUUUCACCAUUUUUACUUUCCAAUUAUGUCCCGACUUUUAGCCCAUGAGAUAUAAUUUUUAUGUUCUUUACGGAAAUAUUUAAAAAAAAAAGAAGAAAAAAAACCUCCCCAGGGAAGACACUGAUCACUUGGCAGCUGUGAGAUCACAACUGAAAGUUAUUGAUUAACGAAAUGGCUCCCAGAUUGUAUUUCAGCUUAUAGAGGAAAGAUGUAUAUCCCAGAAAAUCUGGGAGAGCUAGGAAACCUAAUAAACCAGCACCCUAAGUAUGGAUUUAAGCGCUCUGUGUUGAGCCCAGUAUGUUUUCAAUACUCUACAGCAGUGGUCCCCAAACUACGGCCCGCGGGCCAGAUGCGGCCCGCCUCCACAUUUGGCCCGGCCCCCUGAACAA